AUGGCCCUUGACAGAACCUGGCUCCGUAUGCUAGCUUCUCUCCAAAUCCAGGACUCCAUUGCAUACGGAAAAGAGUUCGACUCCUACGAGAUUGUUGAAGGAGUGGUCCAGGUCAAAUUCACAGAUGGCUCGACAGCAAGGGGACAGCUCCUUGUUGGCGCAGAUGGGGUUAGGAGCAGUGUGCGAAAACAGCUCCAGCCAGAUCGCAAGCUGCUUGAUUUGGAGCGCUGGGUCAUUUGGGGCCGAACGCCAAUGAGGGACGACUUGAAAAAGGGAUUUGGAGCGCGAGACUUGUUGACUUGGUGCAUGUGCUUAGAUCACGAGUUUAACGUGCAGACAGUUGUCGAGCCGAUAACGUGGUCAAGGAGCGUUCGCAUCGAGUCUGAGGACAAGCUACCAGACUUCUCGGACUACAUAUACUGGGUUGUUUGCACCGCGGUGUCACAAUACAAGGAGGACUUGCCAAAGACGGCGGAGGAAAGGAAACUGUACCUGGCGCGAGUCUCGGAGACUUGGCAUCCUGCUCUGAGGCAUCUGCUUGAUUCCGCUGCGCACGAACUGUCCGCAUGCGUUCCCAUUCUCUCGAGCAAGCCAGACAUACAAAUGUGCUCGGCUGGUCGUAAUGGAAGAGUCACGCUGAUUGGCGAUGCAGCACACCCAAUGAGCCCCAUGGGCGGCUCCGGUGGGGAUACGGCCAUCCGUAACGCCGCAGACUUGGCACGGACACUUGCUGAAGAAGGUAUUACGGAGAGUAGCAUCAGGGGCUUCGAAGCAAGGAUGGAAGCAAGGGCAAAGGAGAAAAUUGAGCAUUCGUUUAGAGGUGGACAGAAGUUCUGGCGUGGUAAGGAAUGGACUGCGUACAAUGAGGUUGAGGUUUGA